AUGGUGGCCAGGAAGCCGAGAAUCGUGAUAAUCGGAGCCGGAAUGGCGGGCCUCACGGCGGCCAACAGGCUGUACACUUCCGCCGCCGGCAGGGACGGCUUGUUCGAGCUCCGCGUCGUGGAAGGCGGCAGGCGUAUCGGCGGCAGGAUCAACUCCUCCGAGUUCGGCGGCGACCGGAUUGAGAUUGGCGCCACGUGGAUCCACGGCAUUGACGGGAGUCCUGUCCACAGAAUCGCCGGCGAAAUCGGCUCCCUCCACUCCGACCGCCCCUGGGAGUGGAUGGAUGGGUUCGUCGAAGAGGAAGGCCGCGCCGUCGUCGAAGGUGGGUCCCAGAUUUGCCCCGACAUCGUCGACUCCGUCUCCACUCUCUUCGACAGCUUGAUGGAUUACGCUCGAGGCGAAUUGGACGAAUCCCCUGUUUUUACCGGCGACACCGACACGGCCGCCGGCGGUGGCCGCGGCCUCGAUUUCCACCGAAUCGCCGCCGACGCUGCUAGUGCCGCCGCUUCUAACCUCAGCGUGGGCUCUUUUCUUCGGGAAGGGCUAAAUGGGUACUGGGAUUUGGCGAAGGAUGAGGACGAGAGCAGGAAAUCGGUCGAGGAAGCCAUUUUCGCUAUGAUGGAGAACUGCCAGAGGAACGACACGUCAGCCUGCGACCUCAGAACUCUGGAUUUCAACGCCGAGAGAGAGUACAGAAUGUUCCGAGGUGAGGAAAUCACCAUUGCCAAAGGUUACCUAACCGUAAUUGAAUCCCUGGCCUCCGUUCUGCCUCCUGGAGUCGUUCAAUUAGACAGGAAGGUUAGAAAAAUCCAGUGGCAAGCUGAAGGGCAAAGUCAGGCACUGGUUGAGAAUGGAAUCUCCGAUUCAAGGCCUGUAAAGCUACAUUUCUCCGACGGAUCGGUUAUGACGGCAGAUCAUGUUAUCAUCACGGUUUCCCUUGGGGUACUGAAAGCUGGAAUCGGGUCGGAUUCGGGUCUGUUCGACCCGCCCUUACCCUUUUCCAAAACCGAUGCGAUUUCCAGGUUAGGGUAUGGUGUGGUGAACAAGCUGUUCUUGCAGGUGAGCAAUGAAAGCAAGUUCCCAUUCCUACGGAUGGCGUUUCACCGGCCCGAUUCGGGCCAGAGGAUGCAGGGGAUCCCUUGGUGGAUUAGGAGGACAGCUUCUCUAACCCCAAUUCACAAGGACUCGAGUGUGCUGCUGGCAUGGUUUGCAGGGAAAGAAGCUCUCGAGAUCGAGUCUCUGAGCGACGAAGAGAUCGUCGAGGGCAUUUCGGCCACCAUUUCGGGGUUCCUGCCCAAACCCAUCAACGGGAAGUGCAAUGGGGAAGUGGGUUCAGGGUGUGGAGUCAAAUUCAGCAAGCUUUUGAAGAGCAAAUGGGGGAAUGACCCUCUGUUCUUGGGUUCUUACAGUUAUGUGGCAGUUGGGUCUAGUGGAGAUGACAUGGAUGCAAUGGCAGAGCCAUUGCCGAAGGUUGAUGGUGAGGGUUGUUGUUCAUCAGCUUCUUCGCCAUUGAAGAUGCUGCAAAUUCUGUUUGCAGGGGAGGCAACUCAUAGAACCCAUUACUCAACCACACAUGGAGCUUACUUCAGUGGGAUCAGAGAAGCCAACAGGCUUCUUCAGCAUUAUCAAUGGGCCAAGAAGGGUUUAGACGAUUAUAAUUAG